AUGCCGUCCACCUGCACGCUGCUGUAUCCGUGGCCAGACUACUGGAAUUCGACCAUGUACGCAUAUCGCGGCCAGCGCUGUGACACGAGUGUGGGACCCAAGGAUGGUAAAGAUUGCUGGCCUCCUCGAAGGAAAGAAGUCCAGGACAAAGAGUCUGCCAUCGGCGGCUGGGGCUUUUACUCUCCCGGUCUGGUUUGCCCUGCCGGGUACACGACGGCAUGCUCGGCCACUGGGUCGCAAAGAGCAGACUGGGGUUUUCAAUUUUCCAUUUUGCCGGCAGAGACGGCUAUAGGUUGCUGUCCAACUGGUUAUACAUGCACAAGCUGGACUUCACAGGGAAACACGUGCUUUGCUGUUCCCACCAAGACGACAGUCACGACGGCAACCUGCGGACCGAGCGGUAUUUCCGAAGAAGGCUCCUAUGUUUUCCCUGCUACUGUGCCUGUCCAAAUUACCGGCAAUGUCUCGUCGACUAUUGUGACGUUGUGGGCACCCAUGUUUCAGCUCAAUUUUGAAUCUACAGAUUUGAAGCCAGCUACUACACUGCCUAGCUCAACUAGUACGCCGUCAGAAACCUCGACUGAAUCCUCGACGACUUCUUCUCUAUCCGAGGGUGCGAUUGCUGGCAUAGCUGUUGGCACCGUUCUGGCUGGGAUUAUCCUAGGCAUCGCGGCCACUCUGCUUGUUCUUCGUUAUCGGCGAAACAAGACGCUAUCCAACAAAAGUCAGUUGGCAUAUGGAGAUGCCACCGCUUACCAACUAGCGGCUCAACCAGGAGCAGAAGUUCACCAGUAUCAAGGUGGCGGCAUAACAGAGUUUCACGAGGUGCAAGCUAAGAAUAAGCCUGUCGAGUUAUCUGCGCAGAUCUCAUACGACACCAUAGAAAAUUACACCUCGGAUCUGUGCAACUUUCUCGACACUCCUCUAGUCCGUCAGAUCACAGGCGGGAUUCACGUCAACGACGCCCUGAUCCAAAAUGGCUGGCAGGCCCUGCCGCAAGAAUGGACCGAGUGGUGGUCCGCGUGGCCAGACUACCGUCUAGCCCAGCAAGACCUCGUCGACGGCAUUGACGAAGAAACCGAACCAGGCUCGCGUCUUGUCCAACAGCAGCCUAGACUCGCUGCCAGCCGGCCAGAAUCCCUGACCACCUGGCUGAGCACCCUCAAGUCGCUCGCGCUUCCUCGCACCCAGCGCCCUGGUCCGGCGAUCGCCCUGCCCAAAGUCUUGACCGCUCACAUGGGUCCUAAAAAGAUCUCCGAGGUCUCUUCCGGAGCUGCUUAUAUCCAUGACGUCUGUCAGAGAAGAGGUAUUCGCCGCAUUGUCGACAUGGGUUCCGGCCAGGGCUAUCUGUCCAUCAGCCUAGCCUACCUAUUCCCCGGGCUGCAAUGUCUCGCCAUUGACGGCAGUGAAUCCCAAGUCGCUGGGUCACGGGCGGUCGCUACCUCCCUGGGAAUACCAGAGCACAGAUUAGAGCAAAUUGUUCACUGGAUCGACGGCGCUCCGAGUUUGGCGUCCCGGAUUCAAGACUGGGCCGAUGGCGAGAGCUGCAUGCUCGUGGGUCUCCACGCGUGCGGGAGUUUGUCAGAGCACAUGAUCAGGUAUUUUGCCACGGUGCCUUGCAUUGAGGCCCUGGCGGUGGUGGGCUGCUGUUAUAAUCAUGUCGUUCCCCGGUCGCUCGACUGCCCGGCCGGGUUCCCCAUCAGCGCGGCGUUGAGAGAACGCAACGUCGUGCUGAGCGCUACGGCUCUCAUGGCGGGCUGUCAAGCGCCGAAUAACUGGAAACGGCCGGGUCGCGGAUGUAACCAGGAGGGAGAAUCGGUGUUUGGCAAGCGUCGUUUGCAUCGAGCAAUCCUGGAGAAACUGUUGGACGACAAGGGAAUAGAGGUGAGCAGGCAAGAUGGAAAGAGGCCGGUAUGGGGAAUCCGGAAGCAGGACACGGCUAGUUUCGCCAAGUUUGCGCGGAGAUCGCUGGACUGCCUGAAGAUAGCUCAUGACAGGGUUCCAGCCGCGGAUCUGAUGGCCUAUGAAGAGCGAUAUAGAGACUGUGAGGGUCAGAUUGCCAUUCUUUGGACGCUCAGUGUGCUCUGCUGCAAGGUUGUUGAGAGUUUGAUUGCCUUGGAUCGCUACUGGUUUUUGAAGGAACAGGGAGCAGAGGGGGUAGAUAUUGUGCCUAUUUUUGAUGUCAAGAUUUCUCCUAGGAACCUGAUGAUGGUGGCGGAGAAAGCAGGCCCUGGGCUGCCAUAG